AUGGCUGUCGAACUGCUCUCUACAGGCGUACAUACCUUCCACACGGGGCAAAAUAUCUUGUCAUACCAUGUCACUCCCUCGAAGAAGGAGAAAAGUCGCCUCUGGGUCCAACAGGCCAUCGCGUGGGGACCAGGACGGGGUUUCUACGCCAGGACGUUGGCGCCGCUGCUCUCAGAGCACUUCACCGUGCUGGACUUCUCUCCGCGAGGCUCGGACGAGUCGACCAGGCCCAAGGACGCUGAUGGCAACGAUGAUCCUUCGCAAAUGAGCUGUACCGCCAUGUUGGCGGACCUGGAAGCGCUGCGCCAGCAUCUUGGACUCGACGCCUUUGACAUCCUCAGCGGCCACAGCCAAGCUGGCGUCCCGGUCUUGCUCUACGCUGCGCUGUAUCCGACUCGGGUCGAGACACUCGUCCCCCUUGGAACUUUCAUGCUCGGUUUUGACCAGUCACGAAACUUCGAGCACUACCGCCAGAUACGCUCAUCGUUGCCACCCUGGAAGAACUCGUACGAAGCGUGGACACGAUUCAUCCAAUCGCCACCCCAGACCGACGACGAGUUCCGAACCGUCUUUGCAGAGAUGGUGCCGAGCUAUCUUGUCAAACCAGAUCGUGAUAGAGCUGCUGUUACGACGGGGCUGCUUGAUCCAGCGCACCCACCUCGAGUCUGGUCGUACAAUGCCGUUACGCCCACGUAUGCCACCGACGCACACGCAAAAGACAUGCUGGAUCUCCUGUCUCGCGUCCAGGCACGAGUGCUCUUCUCUCAUGGCGAACACGACAUGAUUUGUAGUACGGAGGCUGUGCGGAUCGCCGAGCAGAACAUGCAACGAGGAGAGGCAAAGGAAGUUCGAGUGGACCUGUUCCCUAUCGGACAUUUCCCGUGGAUUGAGGCGAAGGAUGACUUUCUUCAAAGCAUCCGCGACUUCGUAUAG